UCCUGCCUCACCGCUUUUCGUCCCGGUGCCUGGUCCACUCUCUCUCUGCAGCCCCCAGCUUUACAGCCUCAUCCUCGCUCCAUAUCAGCCGAGGUCGACACAACACUGCUUUUUUUUCUCCGAUUCUCGCAAAAGAAGGGGAAGAGAAACUGCUUGGUGUCUUUGCUUGGCUGGUGAGAGGGGUAAGAGAUUGCCUGGACUAUUAAAGGAGCUUUUUUCCAUCUCUCCCCACUUUACUUUAUUGUCCAAUCUUCCUGCCGCUGCUCUCUUUGACCUUCAGCUAAGAAAAGCAGACGACGAUGUCCACCAGCGAGCGUUUCGACUGCCAUUACUGCAAGGACUCCCUGCUGGGGAAGAAGUACAUAAUGAAAGAGGACAUGCAGUACUGCACUAAGUGCUAUGAGAACCUGUUCGCCAACUGCUGUGAGGGAUGCUCUUUACCAAUUGGCUGCAACUGCAAGGACCUGUCCUAUAAGGAUCGCCACUGGCACGACCAGUGCUUCAAGUGCGCCAAGUGCAGCCGCUCUCUGGUGGAGAAGGCCUUUUCCGCCAAAGAUGAUUUAUUGCUCUGCACCGAGUGCCAUGCCAAUGAUUAUUCCUCCAAGUGUACCACCUGCAAGAAAACCGUCAUGCCAGGUUCCCGCAAAAUGGAAUACAAGGGGAACAGCUGGCAUGAGACCUGCUUCCUGUGCCACCGCUGCCAGCAGCCAAUAGGAACCAAGUCCUUCAUCCCCAAAGACACUGGCUACUUCUGCGUGCCCUGCUUCGAGAAGCAGUUUGCCUACCAGUGCUGUGCCUGUAAGAAGUCCAUCACAACAGGUGGAGUGACGUACCAGGACAAGCCGUGGCACCGUGACUGCUUCCUAUGCAUUGGCUGCAGAAAGCAGCUGUCGGGCCAGCGCUUCACCUCCCGGGACAACUUCCCCUACUGCCUCGAAUGCUUCAGCAACCUGUAUGCAAAGAAGUGUGUCGGCUGCACCAAGUCCAUCACCAGUCUGGCAGGGGCCAAGUACAUCUCCUUCGAGGAGCGCCAGUGGCACAGCGAGUGUUUCAUCUGCAUGCAGUGCUCCAUGUCGCUGGUGGGACGCGGCUUCCUCACCCAGCGCGACAACAUCUUGUGCACCGACUGUGGCAGGGAGAAGUGAUCUUUCCACCGGGGGUCACUGCUUAAUCCGAAUAACAGCAGGGCCUAAUGCUCGGAUACAGAUACCGUAGAUUCAUGAAUAAUUUUCUUCUCAGCGUGUCUGAUGCAUAAACAAACUUUGAAUGUCAAACGCUUGGUGUUAUAAAUGAACAUGAGUUCGCUCACACUGCCCACACACACACACACACACACACACACACACACACACACACACACACACACACACACACACACACACACACACACACACACACACA